UGUUAUGUUAGACGAUGAUUUUUACGUGAAAAAUCUUUGUCAGCAAAAGUGGUAUAACAAGUUUUUUCAUGUGGAAUUUGCCAUCCAAUGUUCAUAUCUUGUUGCAACAACACAUAUGGCACGAUAUAUUUGUUUGGUGCUCUAUCAAUUUAAAUUGCACCCAUAUGAGGGUAUCUGGACUAGGUCAUAGGCCCUAAACUAGUAGGUAUGACUAUAGUCGGUGCUCUAAGAUGUAUAUUUAGUUAGGAAGACUAAAGAAUUAGGAGACCCAACCCUAUUCUUUACUGAUCCAAAUCUUAGUUGGUGGUUUUUUUUAAUAUGGAUCAGGCUCAUGUAGUGGUAUGGUUGCUUCGAAAGAUGUAGGCGACACAUCUAUGUUUUUGUUUGCCUAAUGUAUCCGUCGUAUGGGUGUAGGCUAAGAUUUAUGUCUAAUCAGACCUAAUAUUUAAACAUGUUUAGUUGACAAUAAAGCUUAAUCGUGAAUUAUUUAUUACAUUUUUAAGACUCUUUUGGACUGUAGGAGUUUUUUCUAGUCUUCUAAGUUUUUCCUAUGAAAAUAAAUUGAUUCCUAUAAAAUUCCUAAUCAAUCAAUUUCUGUGAAAUUCCAAAGGACCCCUUAAUUUGCAAUAUCGCUAUCUAAUACGGGUUUUAAAUGAUUCCGUUGUCAGAGAUUGGUGAAAUUACUCGUUUUGUUUUGCUUAUAAACAAAUAUAAACAUUUUUGUUGCGAAAAAAAAAAUCGCCCUCGCGUGGAGGAAGUGUUUGAACUCCGCCGCCACCUCCACAACCCGCGACUUGAGUGGUGCGUCCCGCGGCCGCGGGGAAAUGGCGGAGCGGGACCGGAUCCUGGAGAGGGAGAGGAGGCAGAUGGAGCAGAUCCUAGAGCUGGAUAUGGAGGAGCUCCAGGUAGAGGAGGUCGACGACGACGGUUCAUCCUCCUCCUCCGACGUCGACACCUUCCUCAGAAAUGCUCAUGGAGAUGGAGGGAUUAACACUUCUGAGGAGCUUAUGGUCGAUACAUCUACUGUUUCCUUGCAAGAUGACACCUACCUUGAGGCAAAGAUUGAUGGUGCACGAGGAAAAUUUGCUUUCCUGGAUGGAGACAGAGUCCUCAAUCUGCCGAUGUUCUAUCUUCAAGUUGUUUUGUUUCCUGAAGCUUCCCUACAUCUUCGAGUGUUUCAACGUAGAUUAGUGGAAGCUAUUGACAAGGCUAUUAAUCAUGUUGAUGCUCCAUGCAUGAUAGGCGUGGUUUAUGUUUAUCGACACACAAAUGAUGGACAUUAUACUAUUGCUUCUGUCGGGACAAUGGCAGAGAUACAGAAAAUUCAACAGUUGGAUGACGGUUCAUCAUGUAUUUUCUCUCAUGGUCAGCAGCGGUUUCAUCUUAUGCGCCAUUGGUUGGAUGUCGACGGAGUACCAUGGGGUGAAGUCCAAAUUAUUGAAGAAGAUACACCUCAAAGAACUCCAAGGGAUGCUUUUGGACAGUUAGCUGCAACUAACAGUUUCAGGCAAUGUGCUUCAUCGAUAGUGCCCAGUUUGCAUGCGUCAUGUUCUACACAACUUGAUCAUGUGGGUUCUGAUUUGGAUAGGGAUUCUCUAUCACCCACUAGCACUUCAAGUGACUACUCAGUAACAGAUAAAGGAAUAUAUCUUUUAGGUUCCCAGUCCAGUGGCCUGGUAAGGUGUGGUGUUUUGGAUGAAUCCUCAAAUGAAGGCCAAAAUUCUAUACCUGAACAGUCUUGCCAGAGCCAUGAGCCUGUAAAAGAAAUUGAUGGGUACAGUCAGCCAGAUAAGAAUACAAACACAGGGGAUGAUGAUAAUCUUUGUUUCAUAUCCUCCAAAUCCUUUCAGAGAGCAAGAAAGAAAGAUACUAAACAGCAGAAACAUUACUUCGCAACAAAAAAUGCAUCACAGGCCCCAUUGUCAUUUUGGCCUCGCUGGGCUUAUGAGAUGUAUGAUUCGUAUUCACUUUCUAGAAGAGCUGCAGAUUUGUGGAGACAAGUAAUUUUAAACCCAAGCAUGGAUGAUCAUGUGAGAAAACCCAAUUAUUUGUCAUUUUGCAUCGGAAGCAAACUUCCUAUCUCAGAAUCUCUGAGGCAAGAAUUGCUUGAGAUUGAUGGAGUCUCAUAUCGACUACAGCGGGAGAUUCAGCUACUCAAAGCCUUCAAUAUCGUACGAUGUAGAAAUUGCCUGACCCAUAUUGCAAGACGAAGUGACAUGGUGGUGACGUCCAGUGACAGCCCGAUGUCUUCUCACAGCAAGCCCCACCGUUCUGUGAAAGAGAUUAUCACAGUAUACAGUGCCACUGGCCUUGCACUGCGCGGCAACCCUUCCAAAACUCACAGCUGGUUUCCAGAAUACACAUGGACGAUCGCGUUGUGCAGUGCCUGCCAGUCCAAUAUAGGCUGGCUGUUCAGAGCCGAUAACAAGAACCUGCAUCCUAGAUCCUUCUGGGCGAUACGCACUUCCCAAAUUUCAGAUGAUACACAAUCAAGAUAGAAAACUGGUCAGAUCAUCCAUGUAUAACCUGCGUGACCAUUUGUUGCAGUUGCAGCAGUCCAUUAACUUCUGCCUUCCAUUAUUCUCUGCAAGACUGCAAGGUCCAAUUUGCCUGCUCUUUUCCUAAAAGCGAACGGAGGGUUUUCGGCAAAAUCUGGUUUGGGAAGGGCUUUCCAAAAACUUGUUCGAACUUGUGAAGUGACCUGCUGCGUCAUAUAUAGAGAAGGGUUUCAGAUCCAUGUGUGCGUCCAAACUCUAAAUUUGCGUGGCAUAAUCGACUGUGCUCAUGUCUUGAACACGGUUUGAUGCGACAAUCCUGACGUCCGGACGAUGGCGUUCAGUUUUAAGAGUUUGAUGUCCUCUAGUAGCAAGUAGCAGCUAACUACAAAGCAUCACGUAUUGUACUUUUUUUCGAGAGUUAUCACGUAUUGUACAGUUUUUCUUUA